AUGGAGACCCUCAACUCCCACGCCGGCUACAUGCCGUCCUCCCGGCAGAGCCGCAUGGCCAUCGACUCGCUCCUCAACCCCCCAGACCACCACCACUACGACUCCCCCAGCAAACCCAUGGUGAUCAAGACAGACCGGCACUACGCCCCUCCCCCGCCUCCAUACUCGCCGCUCUACCCGACCAGUCCCAACCGCCCUCACCACCAUCACCACCAUCUCUACUCGCCCUACUCCGACACCAGCAGCUCCCAUCUCCCCUCCUACAGAGACUCUCCCCACCACCAUCACCACCACAGUUCCUUCCUCCCGUACCGGCCGCGCUCCGCCGAGUCUUCGCCCGGGGCCUACUCGCGCGACCGCUACGACUCAGUCAGCAGCAGCUCCAGCAACGCCGCGCCCGCCGCCUCCACCUCCGGCUCCAGCGCGAGCGCCGAGCGCCGCCGCCCGCCGCGCCCCAAGUACGAAGAGGAGGAAAUGUACUUCAUCUGGUACCACCGCGUCGACCUGUGCCAGGAGUGGAAGGAGGUGCGCGAGAGCUUCAACCGCCAGUUCCCCCACCGCCAGCGCCGCGGCUUCCAGGGCAUCCAGUGCAAGUUCUACCGCUUCAUCAAGGAGAAGAAGUGUCCCACCCUGCGCGAGCAGCGCCGUCUGCGCGACGGCGACUUCCUCCGCGACGGCGGCGCCGCUGCCGCCCUCGUCGACUCGGCGAACCCGCGCUUUGGCGUCGUCGAGUGGGCUGGCGUGUGGUACCCGUGGAUGCGCGAGGAUAAAGAGCAGGUGCUGGCCCGGCGCAUCUCGCAUUAG